GGCCCUGACGCCCUGACAACCCUGAGAGGCUGAGACACCUACCUACCUAAAGGGCAAACGCACUCGACAACCCGAAAUCGGAAUUUGGCAGAUGAACUCGCUCGCGCGUCAUCCGAGGUAGCCCGUCCAACCGACGACACACCGUCAUGGCAGAAGAACAAGGACAAGAACAAGAACAAGAAACCGUGGACGCCUCGUUUGAGUUCCUGCAAUGGCAACCCUCGUACGAGAAGCACAAGCCGUACGAAGUGUUCCUCCCGCUGGCCAGCUUCAGCAACUCUAACAACGAGAUCCCGCGGAGCAAUCUCGCGUUUGAGCCGCGCAGCGUGCGCGUGCGCAACGCCCGCGGCCGGCGCGACGUGUUCGGCCUUGACACGCACGGCUUCGAGUUUGCGCGCCACGCGAGCGCCGUCGGGGACCAGCUCAAGGACCGCAGCGCCGUGACGGCGCACUACGUGCCCGAAAUGGAAGCAUUUCUGCAGCGGCAUCUAGGCGGCGGCACUGAUGUCAGGACGUUUUGCUUCGACUUGCGGCUCAGGCAAAGCAUCGACGCGGCCGAGUUCUCGAAGCGCACCGUCAACCUCGAGGACGGCUUCGACGCGCUGCUGCCCGCCACGCACCCGCACAUUGACCAGAGCAUGCAGGGCGCAAUAUCACGCGUCCAGCGACACAUGGGCGACGAAGCAGACAGACUCUUGAAGGGCAGGGUCAGAAUUGUGAACAUUUGGCGGCCACUGGCCCUGGUCCGGUCAUGGCCCCUGGCUCUCUGCGAUGCCCGCACCGUCGACGCGAACGACCUAGUGACAUGCGACAUUGUGCGCCGGCGAUACGUGGGUGAGACGUAUUUUGGGAAAUAUAACGCGGCUCAAGAAUGGCACUACCUGUCAGACAUGGACGUCGAUGAUCUCGUCCUGGUCAAGGUCUAUGAUUCGGACCCAGACGUUCCCGCAAAGUGCUGUUUACACGCCUCCUUCGAGCUUCACGCUGGUGCCGAAUCCCAGCCUCCGGUAAGAGAAAGCAUCGAGCUCAGGAUCUUGGUGUUUACGGAAUCGUGACCGACAUAAUCCGACUGCCCCACUGACCAAACUAUAACAACCAUACAUACUUUGCCAAUCUUUAAAUG